AGCGCAAAGCAGCUUCCUUUCGCCUGCUGGACUAGUCGAGCGGCGAGCGAGGAGGCGGAGGAUGGGCCGCGGCCGGGGCGUGAGCUACGGGGGCGGGCAGAGCUCGCUGAGCUACCUCUUCGGCGGCGGCGGCGGCGACGAGGCCGCCGCGGCGCCCGCCAAGCCGGCUGCGGCGGCGCCUGCGCCUGCGCCGGUGCCGGCGGCAGCAGACGGCGAGAAGCUCAAGGGGAUCCCGGCCGGCGUCCGCGGCAACCAGAGCCAGACCAACAACUACUUCCGGGCGCAGGGGCAGAACUGCGGCAACUUCCUCACGGACCGCCCGUCGACCAAGGUGCACGCCGCGCCGGGCGGCGGCUCGUCGCUCGGCUACCUCUUCGGCGGCGGACCUCCCGGGAGCAAGUGAUGUGAUGGGCACCUUCUCCGCCCAGACUUUUCGGAGCACCGCCUGCUUGGGAAGCUUGAUUUUUACUAAGUCCAUCGUGACCUGCUGGAUGUGAAGUUAAUUUCCAUGAAGAAAUGUAUGUUCAUGUGUACCUCUGUAAUCUAGAAAUGUUUAUGUGUAUCUCUGCAAUUUCGUUGGGGUCGGUCGUCUCAUCAGUGCCUGUAUGUGUGUGUGUCAUCAACUGACUUUGUCCUGCAUGUUGUUCAUCAGAA